AUGAGAAGAGCAAAAGCCGAGGCUGGAUCCGGCAGGUACAAGCCAAAGCAAACCCCACGAGGGGCACUAAUAUGGAUAGGGUUGGUUGGAGAUAAGUGGGGGAGCAGUUUCUGGGCUGAACACUCAACCCAAGUCGUAGUCUAUAGGCAGCGGAAAUAUGCGUUGGGGUACCUUGGGAGGGGUGUUGUAACUUGUAACAACUCGCCCGAGACGGGCAAGGAGGUCUUAGAUCGCUGCCCAGUAGUAAACGGUCCAGCGUAUCAGCCGACCACCCCCAGUGGAUGGGUCACUUUGCUUGAGACUAAUCAGACUAAUGCCUCGGGAUCUCUCAGCUUUUUGUCGCAUUUCCCCUCUUUUUCUGUUUGUUCAUCUUACCUUCAGAGUUUGAGGAGUAAGGUUAUGAGAUCUCACUGUACGAGAUCUUGCAGGUCCAACAAACUAGCUCAAGAGACUAGAUCCCACUUGGUCCCCGCCACUCACACCGAGGUGGAGGGGUUCCGGAAAUACGAAAAAGAGCUUGCUCCAAUGCUCCAUAGCUCUACUAGCCUCUUCUUCUCCCGUCCGCCAAAGGUCCUUCAUUCUUCUUCGGGUCUCUUGAAGAAUGAAUAA